AUGGGUAAGGAAUCCUCUAUGCUCCGGCGGUUUCUCGCGGCGGGGGGACUCCUCCUUUCCUCCUUUAUGGAGGAAAACAGGGAGGAGUUCCUCCAGGCUGAUUACGUCCCUGCGGACGUAAUCAGCCGUCUCUGGGAGACUCUAGCUCCACCUGCCGUGGACAGGGGCCUGGAGUACGAUUUUCUUCGUCUCCAGGUAGAUCAGGCUAGAUUCUGGAGAGAGACCUACGGUCUCGAUCCUCCAGGAUUUAGCCGUCCAUUUGGACGUCCUCCAAUGGCCUCCCAGCCUUUGGAGGAGGGUGCCUCCACAGCCAGUGGGGGUGACUCAACCGUCCAAAUGGGAUCGUACCCUUCCACGGUGGUGGAGUCCCACCAAGGAAGCCACUCUGCUACCUCUGUUGCCAGCAGGGGUGGUAGAGUACCAGAGUCUCCUGGAGACUAUUCAUUCUUUUUUGCCGCUUCUCCUUCUCCUCCUUCUCCUCCUGCUCCCGCCGCCUCUUCUUCCUCCUCUUUCUCCGCCUCCUCUUCCGCGUUUCCUGCUCGCGCUCCUUUGUCUGGCUCUGCGCCCUCCUCUUCUGCGGCUUUGCUUCCUCGUCCUCGUCCUCCUCGUCCCGCUGCUCCCCGCUCUGCGGAUGGUCAAAAGAUUUACAAUUCAGACAAACCCAAACAGGAUCGUGGAGUCCUCAUUAAACACAAAUAUACCGGGGAAAGUUUAGCAACAGCAGAUCCUGAAGUUAACACCCCAUCCAACAAUGAAGUAAAUGUCACUUCAUACCACUUAAAUCAACAGGCCCAAAAGAUGUUUUUGGAGGUCAUCGCUGAAAGGAAUGCGAAGAGAUGA